AUUGCAUGGAUCAACGCUAGCGACUACAACUUAUUUUAGUCGCAGUUUGAUAUUGUAAGUAUCAUGAACGCGAAAAAUUCCAAGUGAUAAUGUACCACAGUAGGUACGGUUUGUUUAACGACUGCAUCGAUAAUUUUUAUAAUAAUGGUGUGUGAUUUUUUUACGAGAUGUGAUUUUUACUUUGAAAUCGUGGUGUUUUAAACUACCAACCUAUGCAUCGAAAUGCUUGACUUUCAAGCUGUGAAAAUGCUGCAUGCAAAGAUGCGUAGGAAAACGAAAGUCUAUGUUUUUAUAUUGGUGCUUAUGACAGUGAUCACUGAAAUUAAACCUGAAAAUGAUACUUCAAGUACAACCACUCCUAAGCUUACUGAAACGACUACAGUGGCUCCUACUACAACAACACCGACUCCUACUACUACCACAAAGGCCAAUAUUCCAACACCUCAAAUUUUAAUUGGUAGUAGAACAACAUACCAUAAUAUUCGUUCAAAUGGUUCAUUGUCACUGAACUGCACAGUCAAUCAAACCGGUUCAGCUUAUCCUGUGAACUACACGUGGUACCAAAAUGAUCAACCGUUGCAAAAUGGAUCGGCAAUAUUUCUGGUGAAUGCAUCACAGUGUGAAGCAGGAUAUUUUAAAUAUUCAUGCCAGGCUUGCAAUUCUGGUGGAUGUGCUAAACAUAUUUUCCACGUUACCAUUCUAACUCCUGAAAAAAUAGAAAAAUGUGUUGGUCAGACAGCCAACCUUGUGUGUGAGUUACAUGACACAGUUCGAACGAUUGACUGGUAUGGUCCAUACGAAGCACUUUCAGAUCCAAAUUAUGAUCCCGACGCUGAUCCUAAUUCUAUGGUUGAGAUGAACGGACAAAUAUAUCGAAAGGAAAAUUUAAAGCUAAACGAUUCAGGAUGGUACUUAUGCGAUAAAUGCCAGAAAGGAAAUAAAUGGAUGCAUAUCUACUUGAAUGUCACAAAUGGUUCAAAAUGUCAAAAUCUAAAUUCAACAACGUUUACUACGAGCCCUACCCCUCCAAAGGGCUCAAAUAGUAUUGUAUACAUCAUAGAUACAAGUAUUAUGCUUACCGGUAUAAUAAUAGGAGUGGUGAUUGGUGCAGGCUGCGUGAAAUACAUAAUGAAAAAGGAUGUGGGAGUCGUGGAUGAGACUGAGUUGAAAACAAUAUGUGCUCCUGAGAAAACACGCAUUAAAAACGUACGUAUAUAUCCGGAAAAAUGUGCACAGCCAAUCUUCAGAUCAGAUACCGGUGGGUUUUAUUAGCGUGUCCUACACCUUUUUGUUUCCGUAAUACUAGAAAAGUGAUCAAACGUAGAAAAUGUGAUGCUGUAUUUAUCAUAUUCAAACAAACUCAAUUAAAUAUAUUUACGUGGGU